GGUGUCAGACUGUUAGAGAGAGAGAAAGCAGACAGACACAGAGCAGGCAGCAGGAGCCCUUUAACUACUGCUACUCUAACUGCUCUACAUGGAUAAUCUACUGGCUAUUCUCUUACCCCUGAAGGGCAUUUCUCUCUGAGUCACCCUAAAAGGAACCUUUUCUUAAUCUGAAGAUCAUUUCGGUACAGAGCUGUGCAGGAAAGAGAUAUAGGCAGAGCCCUUCUUGGAUCCGCCUUUGAUGUUCGAUACACGGGAGAGGAGCAUGGUCCAACUGCAUGUGCUCUGAAAGACUCGGACGGGAUCAUGGAAAGAGAAGGUUUGGUGUUCCUGGGUGGCAGAGAUCUUCAGCGGUCGGCGAUGAGGUGGUCGAUGGAGAUGGACAGACGAAUGUAUGGAUUUAAAUCCUGAAGGUCACACCUCUACAGGCCAGCUCCGCCUGACGUUCCCUGUUGAGCCCUCAUCGGUAGACGAUCUCAGCUGAGCCCUGGGGUGGUUUGAGUGCAUCGAGGCUGAUUGGAGGCGGCUGUCCAUCCUGGAAGGCUCGUUGUGAGGUGAAAGGUCAUCAGUCCAAGCCCAGAGUCAUCUGUAGCCCCAGAGGAGCUGCCCGGCUUCACUUUUACAACAGAGCACCAGUCUCCCAUUCAGGGAGCCCAGACCUACAGGAAGAGAGGGAGAGGAAAUAUACACAGGGGAGAAGAAGACACUCUUCAUGAAUUCCCUAAAAUCGUGAAAGACAAAACCGUAUGAGUUGGCUGGCAGUCGUGAGGAGAGGAGCUAUGUGGACAAUAAGCAUGGCCCAGCUCUGUGUCCCGGCAUUCCUUCUCCUACUGGCCUACGCCUUUGUCCAAGCAGCUGCCACCGAGGACGAUGUCACUCCACGACUCAGCUUCACUUACAAUGCAAAUGAGAGGUCAGCCAAGAGAUUCUCUAUGGAUGGGGUCUUCAAUUAUACCUCUCUGCUCCUCAGUAAGGAAGAUAACAUGCUCUAUGUUGGAGCACGAGAGGAGCUCUUCGCCCUCAACCUCUCUGAUAUCAGCAGAGUCAAGCUACAACGUAAUCUGACAUGGAGCACCCAUGACAGGAAGAGAGAUGAGUGCAGUUUCAAGGGCAAAGACCUACAGACUGAUUGCUUCAAUUACAUCAAGAUUUUACUGCGUGUGAACAGUACCCAUCUAUACGUGUGUGGAACCUACGCCUUCAGUCCAAUCUGUGCAUACAUAAACACAGCUGACUUCACUCUGGUGAGGAGCCAGACUGGGGAGAUAGUGACAGAGGAUGGACGCGGCCGCUGCCCUUUCAACCCUGAGUACAAGUCCACUGCCAUCAUGGCUGAUGGAGAGCUGUAUGCUGGGACGGUCAGUAAUUUCCAAGGAAAUGAACCUAUUAUUUACAAGAGCCUGGGCCAAGGCGCUGCCCUGAAAACAGAAAACUCCUUGAACUGGCUUCAGGACCCAGCCUUUGUGGGCUCUGCCUACAUCCAGGAGAGCCUGCCCAAAGGCAACCCGGUGGGCGACGACGAUAAGAUUUACUUCUUCUUCAGCGAAGCGGGAAAGGAGUUUGAAUUCUUUGACAACACCAUUGUAUCGCGCAUCGCUCGCGUGUGUAAGGGUGACAAAGGAGGAGAGAGGGUGCUGCAGAAGAAAUGGACCACCUUCCUUAAAGCCCAGCUCCUGUGUUCACUGCCUGAUGAUGGCUUCCCCUUCAACAUCAUCCAGGACAUGUUUGUGUUGACACCCAGCCCAGAAGACUGGAAGAACACUGUGUUCUACGGGGUCUUUACUUCACAGUGGUAUAAAGGGGCCUCUGGCAGCUCAGCAGUGUGUGCCUUCACCAUGGACCAGGUGGAGAGGGCCUUCAGCGGCCGUUACCGUGAGGUCAACCGGGAGACCCAGCAGUGGUACACCUACAACCACCCUGUCCUUGAUCCACGGCCUGGAGCGUGCAUCACUAAUGCAGCCCGGGACCAGGGCAUCUCCUCCUCUCUGCACAUGCCUGACAAGGUACUAAACUUCGUCAAGGACCACUUCCUGAUGGACAGUGUGAUCCGCAGCCAGCCCCUCCUGCUGAAACGCAGCGUCCGCUACACCCAGAUAGCUGUCCACCGGGUCCAGGCCAUCAACAAACACUACAAUGUGCUCUUCAUUGGAACAGAUGAUGGAAGACUCCACAAAGCCAUUAAUGUCAACAACAAGAUGCACAUCAUUGAAGAGAUGAUGCUUUUCACUGACCCCCAGCCUGUACAGCACAUUGAACUGGACUCUGAGAAGGGCCUGCUGUUUGUGUCCUCCUACUCUGGCCUGGUGGAGGUCCCGGUGGCUAACUGCUCCAACUACCAGAGCUGUGGAGAGUGUGUCCUGUCCAGAGACCCUUACUGUGCCUGGGAAGGGCGGCAGUGUCUGAAUGUCAGGCUGGGUGGACUAGAAAACCACUGGCAGCAGGACGUGGACGAGGCAGACACAUCCGUUAUCUGCAACAAGACACAGCCUAGCCCUCGCUUUGCUAAACCCCCACCCACACGGAUGUCUACAUGCCAGGUGAUAAUGAUCCCAGCCAACAUGUUCAAAGUGCUGCCCUGUAAGCUGCGCUCCAACCUGGCUGAGAGGAAGUGGGAGUACAGUGAGGGUGCAGGUCACUUCCUGUACCCCAGUCCUGAGGGAGGUCUAGUGGUGGUGGCCCAGGCUGACAGACAGGAGACCUAUGAAUGCUGGUCAGUGGAGGAGGGCUUCAGGCAACUCCUGGCCAACUACUGUGUUAGGGGAGAGGCCAGGCAGGAGAGCACCACACUCAUUGGCCGCUCACGCACCCCUCUGGUCCCACAGGAGGAGCCAAUCAUCCUACCUGGAGAGACCCGCUCCCCGCAGAUCAACACCAAGACCUACUGGAACGAGCUCAUCAUAGUGUGUGCCCUGCUGGGCUUCUCCCUGGUGGUCUUCUCCCUAUUUGCGGUCUACAGGAACCACGACCGCAUGAAGUCCAUGCUGAAGGAAGGCGAGUGCCCCAACAUGCAGCAGAAGAAACCCAGGCUAGUGGGGAAUCCGGCAGAGAACUUGCCUCUGAAUGGCAACAGCACAGUGCCAGCCUCUGUGUCAGACCACAAGGGUUACCAGACCCUCAAUGACAACUACAUCUGCAACACACCGCCACAUGAGUGCUCAUCACCAGACAACAGCAAGAGCUUCUCCGAGUCAGAAAAGAGGCCUCUGAACUUGAAGGAGAGCACUGUAGAGAUCUCACCCAUCUGCCCGCGGCCUCGGGUGAGACUGGGCUCAGAGAUCAAAGAUUCCAUUGUGUGAGGACAGCUUUGAUCAACUUGAGCAGGAGAUAAAACCCUAAUGUGGAGUGAUUAACUAUUAGCCAUAAGAAAAGGGGGACUUACAGUAAAAUAAAAACAUAGAAGGAAGGAACACUGAAGAGGGACAUUUCAUUACACUGCUUUUGCACUUUUGUCUUUUUCAUUUUGUCCCUGUGGUCAGUUCUCAUUUCCUUGUUGUCACUCCUCUUUCUCUAGUGCACCUGAAGCACAAUGAAGAGGAAGCUGAUACAGAUUGCCUUCAGACUAUUGAAGCUGUGGAAUGAUGGUUAUUGGUGGACAUAGAACACAUACAGCUGAUUGUGUCCUUCUGUAACAGUUUUUAUAUGAUUCAGUCAUGUUGUUUUUAUGCAUUGCCACUCAGUCCGUCCAAAUGUUCUGUUGGCAUUGCAUUGAAAGUAGGGAGAUACUCUAGAGCUGACCCUUAACGCUCCCAUCUACAUCCACAAUUAGUGUGCGCUUAGCCCUACACUGAGAAUGAUAGUAGAAUAACAAACAACCUCUAAUUAAAACACUAUAGUAAGUAGAUCAAUAGGCCUUUCACUGAUGACUUAGCUAUAACAGCAGUCUAUCAGCUAUUAAUUCAAAGCAGUUUAAACUGUGGAUGACCUUGGUGCAGCAUAACCAGGCAGACAUUAGAAUGGAAUCCACUGGUCAAGAGAGGGCUGACCAUCCCAGAGAGACAUGGAAAGGAACCAAUGAGGAAGGAAUGAAAGAGGUAGGGGACCACCUGGCAUGAGGUGUGGAAAAAGAGCACGCAACCGAAUAACAUAAUACUGGAGAGGUGUUGUUGUCGAGGUUCUCUGCCCUGCUCCAUCAGGAGCUUAGAGAUUAAGUCAAGACUUGAAUGACUAACAAGUCUUGUGAAGGAGUAAAGAGAGAAAGCAACACUAUCCCCCCAAAUGGAGAGUAGCACAGAUGGGGUUUGUACAUCUAAAGCUAUUGAAGGAUAUGGUGCCUAACAUGCUGACCAGACCGGACACGUCGCGUGUGCGAGCGUUGCAAAAUAAAUUUCCACAUAUGUUAUUCAAUCAUUGCACCCACACUGCUCGCUGGUAUCAGCGAGCGUCUGCUUGGCCAGGCGGUAAAAUAGAAAUUGGUUCAGCCUCUCCCAUCUCCUCAUUGGUUUUUAGAAGCAUAUGCCCACAUACCAUCUCCUCAUAGGUUUUUAGGAGCAUAUACCCACGUGGGUGAUUGAAAGAUUAACUUAGGUCUACACUCCGGUAGGUUGUAGUAAUGCACUGUAAAGUUGGUUGCCAACCGCCAUAUUAAAUCCAAAAUAAGAAGAAGAAGCCUGAGAAAGGAGGAGAGAUGACGAGAAAGGAAUUCAGUUUACUGUUUUAUCUGUGGAUUAAUUAUUGGAGUAGAGGACAUUGUGCAUUUCAUCUAAAAUAACAAACUAAUGUUUAUAUCCCAGGACAAAUUAGCUAGCAACAGCAAGCUAGCUAGUUAAAUUGACACAAAUGUUUCAUGCUUUUCGACCUGUCCCCAAAUGUAAUAUAAUUGGUUCAGAGUUUGUUUUGAUAUUUCAACCUGCGUGUCCUGAUCGCUUCUGGUGUGGGUGAACAAAAGCAACGUGCGUGCGUCCGGUUUGGUCAGCAUGUAAGUUAUGUGUACGAUUGACAUUCACAGGGUUGAAGCGUACCCCUGACAUUGGGGAAGACUCGAGACCAGGUAUUAACAUAUGAUUCAUUAUGGAGCCAACAGAUUAUGCAAAGCACACAAUGUGAAGUGGGGUGUAAGGUCACACCAAAAGACAAUCUCCUCUUGAGACUGUGCAGGUGCGUAGGUGUCCACACAAUCUUGAUUAUUGAGAAUCAGAGGCAUUAUACCCACAUAUAAUUUAGUAUGCAAAAGAUUGAGCCCUUUCUGUGGCAUAGCGGAAUGGGAUGAGAGGGAGCUUAUCACUAGGCCUGGAGUUGCUGUAGCUAGGCUGAGAUCCCGGUAUAAAAUGCUGACUAGUUCAGUUUGUCAGUCAGAAACUGAUUCCUUCGAUCCAAAUUCAGUCACUUCAGACACCAAGUUAAUGUGGGCUGAGACUGUGUAAAAACCUGUUCACCACUUUACUUAGAUAACUCUUUCCUGGCCCUGUGAUUCAGAGGCUAGUAGACAGCAGAGGUUAAAGAACCACAUGUAGAGUGUGGCAACACAACAGAGUCAGCCAGUGGAGUAUGGAGCUCUUGGUGUUGAUGAAUGUGACUCACACACCCAGAGGAAACCAUGCUCUGUGUUCAUUUAUGUUGUGCCAAAAAUAACCUUUUUAAAAUGUGUAUUCUGUUUUCAUCCUUUCCAACACAACUGUCAUGUCAAAUCAAUGUUUUAUGUUUAAUGGGCCUGACCGAUUCAGCAUGUAUCAAACAGUAUGUAUCAAACCAUUCAUAACGUAGCCAUUCAGUGUAUAUGAAAGCUGCCAUAGUUACCAACAUCACCUCUGGUUUAAUGACACUAAUGACUGUAAACUGGGUUUUACUAAUAUGGAGCCAAGGCUUUCACAGCAGUUAUGGACCAGUCAAUGGAGGAAUGUCUUUUAAAAUAAAAAUGAACAGAUAUUGUGAAAGGAUGGAACCUGCAUAAAUAAUAAUCCAAAAGCAAGGGCUUUCAUUGAGGCAUUACCUAAUAACAGAUAUACGUUUUCAGCUGUUCAAGAUUGGAAAGAAAGAUUGGAAACAAUAAUUCUAAAGGCACAAUUUAAGAAUAUAGAUUUCAUAUUCCAAAGAUGUAGCUAUGUCAGUGCAAAAUUAUGGUAAACUCUUGCAACAUUGCGUUGUGGAAUGUCGUGAUAGAAAUUGUUUUGGAAUAAUUGUAAGUAAAACAAUGUUGUCUUA